AUGGUAAGGGAAUUUUUCGGAACUCCGUACAUAAACGAAGAUGAAGAAAUAGAGUGGUUAAUCGCAACAGGAAUCCAGCGAAGAAACAGGGAUCAAACGAAAAAACAGCAAAUGUUUCCAUAUUGGGACAAGCCAGAAUUAAGAAUUACUUUUAUUAUUUCCAUAAUACAUCAUCCAAAAUACGAAGCUUGGUCAAAUAUGCCGAUACGAGAUAUUAAAUUGACGAACGAUAAUAUGAUAUGGACAUAUUUUGACGCUACUCCUUCAAUCUCCAUAGAUAGAGUAGCAUUUCUGGUAUCCAGUUUUCGUCACGUCAUCCUCUCGGAUAAUGAAACAAUUCGUUCGUCCAUAACGUACAGAUCACAAUCGGAACCGCAUUUAGAAUUUGCGAAAACUGUUAUUUCUUCCACCAAUGUAUACAUGCAUAGAUGGAAUAUUUGGAACAAAGAACUUGCGCCGCUAACUUCUGUUUCAUUUGAGAACAAAAUAGAUUAUGUUGUAAUUCCGGAUUUACAAAAUGAAAUUGAACAGACUUUUGGUUUCAUUUUUUAUCGACUUAGUAAGCCUGAAGCAAAAACUGCCGAUCAUUUAUGGAACGCUAUGAGAUCCAAGAUGACUGAAUUGAAUCCUAUGUAUGACUUUGAUAUAAAAGAUGCGAUAAAUUCGUGGAUUAUGCAGAAAUAUCCUUCCGUAUUGAAGGUGACGCGAAAUUAUUCUACUAAUAUUGUAAGUGUAUCGGUACAAUUUCGCAACAAGUUAGAUGAGGAAGAAUAUUAUAUUCCUGUUAGUUAUACUACGGAGUCGAAUCCCAAUUUUACCAUAACUUGGACGAAUAUUUCGCUGAAAGAACCGUUCGUGAUUGGUAUGCCAAGUUCAAAAAUGGAAAUUUUGACCUCAAAUGCUAUGCGCGGAGUUUCGUUCAAUACUGAUGCAGAAUUGAGAGCUUGGUUGGAUGAAUUUUUCGAGUCAAAACCGGGUGAUUUCUACCAACGAGGAUAUUAUCGCGUCCAUUACGAUACUGCGAAUUGGCUAAAAAUUGCACAAUACUUAAAUUCUGAAAAAUAUAGUAAUAUACAUGUUCUCAAUCGAGCGCAAAUCAUUAAUGAUGCGUUUCAUUUUGCGAUAGAGAAGAAACUUGAAUUCUCCAUAUUUUGGGAACUCGUUUCUUAUUUGGCACAGGAAACAGAUUAUAUAGCAUGGUAUCCUAUGUUGAAAGCAUUUGAAAUUAUGUCGAAUAUCUUCCCAUUCUUGGAUUUUUAUCCUGAAUUUAAGGGCGUGCUAAGGUUUGAUUUUAUGCAGAAUAUUACAUCUAAAUACGGGAAUUUAUAUGACGAAAAUAACAUCAACGAUCAUACUAAAUGUUUAAAACAAGAACUUGCAAAGUGGGAAUGUAUUAUAAAUGAAAAGCCUUGCGAAGAAAAAUCUAAGAAUCAUUUGAAAUGGCAUCUAGCAAAUCCUGAAGAAAAUAUGUAA